CGGUAAUUUAAAACAGGGACACCUGAGUUCUGUGGUCAAGGCCGAUUUUUAACGUAUCGAUUUAACAAAGUUUCUUAAAAUUGUCUUUAGUUUUUACAAGACAUUAUGAAGAGUUUGAAAUGGAAGAAGAGGCUGUAUCGAUUAUUUCCCGGAAUGAGUUGCGGAAGCAGAAGUUGACUGAAUACCUGGCAGAAAAAAGAAGAGUGAAGAAGCCAAAUCCAAGAUCAUACCUGUACAAUGACUGUCAAAAUAAGAAGACUGAAAGAUCGUCACAAAAGGAUUUUAAAGAAAAUGAGAACAAAGGUCCAUCAGAAAAAGAUAUAAAUCAGAUCAGAAAAGUGACAGCUUCUGGUUCUCAAGCCAUAAAACCAACUGGCCCAAAGGAAUUUGGAUUUAGUAACAAAAUUAACAUAAAAAGCAACAUUCUUGCAGAACGGCAAAAUCCUAGGUGGUUCGCUGCAUCCAGCAGUUCUGCCAAGACCAACCCAGAACUGAAAGUGUCUAGAACUAAUCCCACCAAAACUACUGCAGUUGGUCAAAUUAAAUCCCAACCCACCAGAAAAAAAAGUGCAUUAGUUGACAGCAGGUAUCGAUGCGUUUCAAAUGCUGUAUGCCAAGUUCCAGAGAAUUCAGGAGGUGGCCGCGUUAAUCUGGGCCCUUUAAUCAAAACAAAAACCGGUCUCAUUCCUGCAGUGACACAUACAAAAAAGAUAUUGUCAUCUGUCAAAGUCUCCCGUCCUACAGUAGCUGAUAUCACAAAUACUGCUCCUUGUGCUCCAAACAUGUCAAGAUUGAAAAGUUUGUCAUCAAUCCCUUUUUCACAAAAUUCCACAGUGGUUCAGCGGAAAUUUACUACCGUCAGUUCAGUUAACAAACCUGUCAAUCAAAGAGUGACUGAGAGUGCAGACACUGCAGUCCACGGUGUGGGCAGGUUGAACUCAAAACCGCCAAUGGUUUAUUCUCAGAAAUUGAAAUCAUUAGAUAAAAGAACCAUUCCAAGAACUACAAAUUCAGCCAGCUUGUUUGCAGAAAAGUCAUCAUUGCACAAGUCAGUACCUAGAGAUAAGAAAAAUGUCCUCCAGAGUGAAAAUGUCCAGCCAAAAAAGGACAAAGAGAGUGCAGACACUGGGAAAAGACAAACAGCUGCCUUACGUCAAAGAGAAACAUGGGAGACCACUACAGACACUCAGAAGAUAAAAACACACAUUCCAGCCAAUGCAUUAAAAUCCCAAGCAGGUGGAAACAAAAUUGGUGCUUCGGUUAUGUCGAUGAGAGUGUCCCGGCUUGGAAAGUCCUUCUGUCACACAGGCCCAGAUGUAGGCACGAAGACACCAAAACUACCAGUCAGGCUGAUUCCAAAGACCGAAGUAAAGAAAGUUACCGCAGCCCAAGAGGAAAGAAUGCGAAAACUGCAGGAAUGGCGAGAAGCUAAGGGCAUAUCCUACAAGCGUCCCGCAAUGCCUGUGAAGCCUCAGGUCAAGCCUGCUGCUGAAACACCGCAGCCAUUUUCGACGGCCAAGAAGGAGGAAGACGACGCCUACUCAUUGAUCAGUGCCGUGGACAGGUCCCUGGAUGACUGCAUCAAAUUGCUCAAAGAUGGUUGCCCACCGGACAAGGUGAAGCAGGUUCUGUCCCGACUGCCAUCAGUGUCUCAGAAAUUUGCCAAAUACUGGAUCUGCCAGGUCAGACUGAUGGAACGGGAGGAUAACCUGGAUGUUCUGCCCAUCUUUGAAGAAGCUGUCCGUGUGGUUUUAGAGCCAGUAGAUGAGUUGCGGAUGGUGGUGUUUGAAAUUCUGAAGAAAAAGGACAUGCGAGCAUCUGAAGUUAAGGAGAAAGGAAAACUCCAAGCUUUAACUCUACCCACUUCUCCUGAGAACGACAACACAGUGAUGACCCCUAAACCUAGCAGAGUCCUGCUGACUGGAGAGAAAGGAGCGUCAUCCGUGGUCAAGUAUAAGAUCACGGCUACUCCUGGCCAAAAAGGAAAACCAGGACGGCUGGAAGGGCAGGUGAUUCGAUUCCUCACGCCGGUUCGACGUUCAGUGCGAAUCGAGAGGGCAUCAGCCUUAUAUCCCAAGUCUCUUCAGGACCACGACGUGUGCGUGUCCUCCUUCAGGGACCUGAUCUCAGAGUUGGAAGGAGAGGAGGAGAAGGAAGGGAAUGUCAGCCCUUCCAUUAGUGACACUCCGUUAUAUAUCUACAGACAGAAUGAAGCGCUGGAAAACAAGGUGUCCGUCCAGCUGGUCUAUGAUUAGGUUCGACGGGUGUUCACUUCUGUAAUUGUUUCCCUUUUUAUUUGGGAUGGUUAAAAUGUUGUGAUAUAUUUUCAUUAAAAAAAAUAAAAGUUUUGUUAUGUUUUUGUUAAUAAGAGUGGUUGGUUUGUUAAUAAAAGUGGUUGGUUUUUAUUCUUUG